UUUCUGGUCUCCACAACCACUGCGCUUUCGCCGGGUCUGCCCAUUGCCCCCUUCGACGCCCCGACAUCCAGCCGCCUAUCUGCUUGCAAGGCCGGACUGCCAUCAUGUCUGUCGAAAUCGACCCGCUAGAGCUGGGCUUCCGCAGGCCCUUCUCUGCCGAGGUUGCCCAGGUGCUCAAGAUCAAGAACCCCAACACGGCCCCUGUGGCAUUUAAGGUCAAAACCACAGCGCCCAAGCAGUAUUGUGUCCGGCCAAACUCUGGUCGCAUCGAGGCCGGACGUGAGGUCGAAGUGUCGGUCCUGCUGCAGGCGAUGAAGCAGGAGCCGCCGCUCGAUGCCAAGUGCCGCGACAAGUUCCUCGUCCAGUCCGUAACCAUCACCGCCGAUAAGGAGUUCACCAACGUGGCGCAGAUUUGGGAAUCAGUAGAGAAGUCGGCUAUUCAGGAGAAGAAGAUCCGGGUGGCUUGGCUCCCGCCAGCCCAGGAGGCGCCGUCACAGCCCGCGGUCACGCCUAUCCGGCGGCAAGUCGCGAAUGGGUACGACGCUACUCCCGACACCGCGCCGCCAGCCUACGCCUCCCCGCACGACGACACCACGAUCCUCGACGACAGCACCGCCGCCUCGCCGCCGGAGCCGAGAGAGCCGCGGCCGGAACCGGAGACCGCCCCGGCCACGCAGACAUCAUCCGCCGCCGCGGCACCCGCCAAGGCAGCAGCCGCGGCCGAGUCAUACGACGAGCUGGCCGACAAGCUCGCCAAGGCCGAGGCCACCAUCGCCUCGCUCAACAGGGAGCUGGCCGGCGGCCUGCGGCAGCGCAAGGCAGCCGCGUCCGAGCCCGAGGAGGGGGACGCGCGGCGCCAGCAGCAGCAGCUCGCGCAGGCGGAGAGGCCACAACAGCAGCAGCAGCAGGAGCAGCCGCGGGGCACCGAGGGCGUGCCCGUGCCGCUGGUCGCGCUGCUGUGUGUGUUCUGCUUCCUGCUGGGGUAUCUCCUCUUCUAGGCGAAGCCGUGGCGCUGCUAUGGCGACGAGCAGCAGCAUGAUUCAAGCUGCUUCCCCUUCCCUGCCCUUCCCCCGCGCCUCACCGAGUUCAGCCACUUCUUUUUCGUUUUCUUGCUCCUUUUUCUCUGGCUGUUUUUCCCUGAGAGUUUAUGGGUGCGGGUAAACCUCGGUCCCCUGCCAACGGACAGACAGACAGGCAGACAGACGGGGAGACAGGCGGGAGACAGGCGGUGAGACAGCCGGGGAGACAGCCGGGAGGUUCACCUUUGUAAGGGGGGCAUGGGAUGGAAUAGACGUGGCUUAACGUUUUUCUCCUUUGUUUAG